UUAUAUCUUUUAUUUGUUCUCCCUCUCAAUUUCUUCUGACAAGUAACAACCAUUCCUUCAUUUAUUUCAAGCUACUAGCAUGUGAUUACAAUUUCAUCUAACUGCCACAAGCUUCAAUUACUUUGUUUAGGAUAGAAGAGAAUAAUGGAGGAGUACAUAGACAUAGUACCCUUCUACCUUUUCCUUUGUUUAAUAAUAACCAAUGUGUUUCUUUUUUAGCCAGAUAUUUUUAUCUUUUCUUAAUUUCCAUGCAUCUUUUUCUUUCUUUUUCCUUCCACUACUUUUGUCAUUCCUCAGAAUAAAGCAAGUCUUUGAGGUAAAAGUGUUCAGCUUCUAACUUUUAACUCAAUUUACUAAAGAAAAAUGAGCUGUUAACGGAGUUGGGGAGGGAGGAGAGGCUUGGGCUUGAGCCUAGGGGGUGUUCCUGAAGCAGAGAACAAAGUUGAGAGGCAUUUCAGUUUGUCAGGGUUAUUUGUUCCUUAGUCCAUGCCUUAUCAUUUAGGAAACCUAAUCUUCUAUUUCAAAAAAAAGAAAAGAAAGAAAAGGAAACCCAAUCUUCGGCAAAUAUAGUAGGAAAGCCAUAUUUGGCAGAAGGUUUUGGAAUUUGAUGUUUAUCCAUUUGGUUUACAAGGAAACACUUCGCUGGAAUAUCUUCAGCAAAUAUAAGUUUUAUUCUGCUGGGAUUCUGGCGAUCAAUGUCUGGAGAGCAAUUUCAAUUUGCUUACUGUGAGAAAAUGGUGGAAGGUGGUGUUGUGAAAGCCGAUCAGACAGAGUUCAGCGAGUGCUGGAAGACGGUAUGGAAGACUCCUUACAUCAUGCGGCUUGCUCUUUCGGCCGGAAUUGGAGGGCUCCUCUUUGGUUAUGAUACAGGAGUUAUUUCUGGUGCACUGCUUUAUAUCCGGGAGGAUUUCCAAGAAGUUGACAGGAAAACAUGGCUACAGGAAGUCAUUGUGAGUAUGGUUGUAGCAGGUGCCAUUUUUGGUGCCGCAUUUGGAGGAUGGAUGAACGACAGGUUCGGGAGGAAACUAUCAAUCCUGGUUGCUGAUGCUCUAUUCUUCGUAGGUGCCAUAGUCAUGGCUCUAUCCCCAGCUCCAUGGAUGAUUAUCCUUGGAAGAAUCUUUGUUGGUUUAGGAGUCGGAAUGGCUUCAAUGACUGCGCCUCUUUAUAUUUCAGAAGCUUCCCCUGCUAGAAUUCGAGGUGCACUUGUUAGCACAAACGGCCUGUUAAUCACAGGGGGGCAAUUUCUCUCUUACCUUAUCAAUUUGGCCUUCACCAAGGCUCCUGGAACCUGGCGUUGGAUGCUUGGAGUAGCAGGAGCCCCGGCGGUGGUUCAAUUUGUCUUGAUGUUGUCACUUCCUGAGUCUCCUAGAUGGCUUUACAGACGGGAUAAAGUAGAAGAGGCCAGGUCCAUCCUAGAGAAGAUAUAUCCUGCUAAUAAAGUUGAAGAUGAAUUAAAGGCCUUGAAACUCUCUGUUGAUGCAGAAAAGGCUGAUGAGCAGGCCAUUGGGGACAAUUUUAUAGCAAAGUUGAAAGGGGCUUUAGGCAAUGCUGUUGUCCGAAGGGGACUCUAUGCUGGGGUGACUGUUCAGGUGGCACAGCAAUUUUCGGGCAUCAACACUGUCAUGUACUACAGCCCAACAAUAGUCCAGUUCGCUGGAUUUGCUUCAAACAAGACAGCAAUGGCGCUUUCUCUGGUCACUUCUGGUCUCAAUGCUGUCGGCUCUAUCGUCAGUAUGGCUUUCGUGGACAGAUAUGGUAGGAGGAGACUCAUGAUUGUCUCCAUGUUUGGUAUCAUCUCUUGCCUCGUGGUGUUAUCCGUCGUGUUCUUUCAAGCUGCCAGCCAUGCUCCCAAAAUCAACCAAUUUGAUUCCACCCACUUUGCUACUAAUGCUACGUGUCCAAGUUACCUUUCAGCUCCCAAUCCAUCAUCAUGGAACUGCAUGUCUUGCUUGAAAGCUGAUUGUGGCUUUUGUGCCAAUGGGGCAAGUGAGCGUUCUCCGGGAGCAUGCUUGGCAAUGACCACAGAUCUAGAGAAUUCAUGCCAGAGACAACAUCGUACUUGGUUCAAGGAUGGUUGCCCGAGCAAAUUUGGGUUCUUGGCUGUCGUUUUCCUAGGAUUGUAUAUCAUCUCCUACUCACCUGGAAUGGGAACAGUCCCAUGGAUUGUGAAUUCUGAGAUUUACCCACUUAAGUACAGAGGUUUUGGUGGGGGUGUGGCUGCAGUUUUUAACUGGGUCUGCAAUCUCAUUGUUAGCUUAACAUUCUUAACCCUGACAAAAGCUCUUGGCUCCUCUGGCACAUUCCUCCUUUUUGCUGGGUAUUGUGUCAUUGGACUGAUUUUCAUCUACUGGUUUGUGCCUGAAACCAAAGGUCUGCAAUUUGAGGAGGUUGAGAAGAUGCUGGAGUCUGGUUAUAAGCCGAAAGCAUUCAGGAGGAAGUCCAAGAGCGACAACCAAUCUCCCUAAGAGCAUGCGUUCUUCUGUUGGCAAGAUGAUUCAGUCUGUGUUCUUCUUCAAUAAAAUGCAAAAAAUCCGGAGUUUAUUUUAUUUGCCAUUGUUGGUUUCGUGGGUGAACAUCAUAGAGGAAAAUGAAAUGAAAAUCCAUUCCUCACAAAAUAGAGAAACCUUCAAGUUUAAUGGUGCUUACUAUCAAAAAAUUUUCCCAAACUAAAACCAUAUGUAAGGCCACCACCCAAGAUUAAUCUGGGUGGUGGCUCCUUAUUCGAACGAAUGUUUUGGAGGUCCCAUCUUUAUGUUAAGGGUUGAAAAUGUGAAUCCGGGACAAGAACCAUAAGCAAAUACGUCAUGCCAAGGAGUUUUAGCUUAUUCUUAGAACAUAAUUGGGGAAGAAUCUGGAAUUGAUUAGCUUACAGUAUCCUACUCCGCAAACAAAAGUCGAAUCAGAGUUGGGGUAAGAAGAAUAAUGUACAAACAGUCCUACGACAGGAGACAAGGACAGAAGCGGAGCUAGAUGCCAGAUGGAAAUACAUGUUACACAAACUGGGUCCUUCGGUCAGAAUCCGAGGUUCAUCUCAAGAGUAAGCUGCUUGUACUUCAAACAAAAGUAUCUUUUCUAAAAUGUUAAUUCCUGGGUGAAAUGUUCAGAGUGGGUACACUGCGGCAGAUGCAGGAAUCAGAACAGAUCAAAAUUGUGGUUGAAAGGUCUUAAUGUCCCCCGCUACAAAAAAGCUGAGCAUAAAGACUCACAACUAUAAUUGUAACAUUCUCAUGGACCUAUGAAUGCCAAAAAAAAAAAAAAACUUGCCAGUCACAUUCACACGAAAUAACAGCAAGUUCACAUUAAUAAAAGAUUAUAUAAAAGCUGUCAAA